AUGCCCCAAAAACGAACACGCAAGUCUGACGAAGGAGAUAAAUAUCUGAAACCCAGUUCGAAGAAGUUUCGAGCGCCCAAAUCAUCCGAAAAGGCGGAGCAAGAAGAAGUCACCGCGGUCAUCAAACAACUCAACCAGAUGGAUAUUGAUAAUCAAGUUCAAGAGGGAGGAAUUGCAAACUACUAUCAAAGUCAAUUGCUCGAGCUCAAUGCGAUUAAAAAUGACAAGGAGCAAAAUGUGCGCCGACUAGAAGCCCAACGAAAUAGUUUGAACAGUCAGGUUCGACUUCUUCGGGAGGAGCUGCAGCUCCUCCAGGAGCAGGGAAGUUAUGUAGGAGAAGUGAUCAAGCCGAUGACAAAGAACAAGGUUCUCGUCAAAAUUCAUCCUGAAGGAAAAUUUGUCGUUGAUAUCGAUUCAAAAAUCAAGAUCGAAGACCUGAAAGCGACCACCCGCGUUGCCCUCAAGAGCGAUUCCUACCUGCUCCAUAAGAUCCUUCCCAACAAGAUCGAUCCUCUUGUCUCGCUGAUGAUGGUCGAGAAAGUGCCAGACUCCACUUACGAAAUGAUAGGCGGCCUGGACAAACAGAUCAAAGAAAUCAAAGAAGUCAUCGAAUUGCCCGUCAAACAUCCUGAACUCUUCGAAGCGCUCGGUAUCGCACAGCCAAAGGGUGUUCUUCUUUACGGCCCUCCCGGAACUGGCAAGACUCUUCUUGCGCGAGCAGUGGCUCAUCACACUGAUUGUACAUUCAUCCGAGUCUCUGGCUCCGAACUCGUGCAGAAAUUCAUUGGUGAAGGUUCCCGUAUGGUCAGAGAACUGUUCGUGAUGGCGCGAGAGCACUCCCCUAGUAUUAUUUUCAUGGACGAAAUUGAUUCCAUCGGUUCCUCUCGAAUGGAAUCCGGCAGCGGCGGUGGCGACUCCGAGGUCCAGAGAACCAUGCUCGAGCUUUUGAACCAGCUCGAUGGUUUCGAACCCCACCAAAAUAUCAAAAUUAUUAUGGCGACAAAUCGAAUCGACAUCCUCGACAGCGCUCUUCUCCGACCCGGCCGUAUCGAUAGAAAGAUUGAGUUCCCAGCACCAAAUGAAGACGCGCGAGUGGAUAUUCUGAGGAUCCACAGUCGAAAAAUGAACCUCACUCGAGGAAUCAACUUGCGCAAGAUUGCCGAAAAGAUGCAGGGGGCUUCUGGUGCCGAGUCCAAGGGAGUCUGCACUGAAGCUGGCAUGUACGCGCUUCGAGAGCGACGAGUCCACGUGACUCAGGAAGACUUCGAAAUGGCCGUGGCAAAGGUUAUGCAAAAGGACUCAGAAAAGAACAUGUCCGUCAAGCAGCUCUGGAAGUAA